AAGAAGAAAGUCUUGAAUCAGACGAAGAAGAAAUCUUUGUUCUGGCGGCAGCGUGUGUUCGGAACCGGUUCGUUUCAUGAAAUAAAAGCUGAAUUGGGUCCGACAUGGUGAAGUUAUCCGCGGAGCUGAUCGAGCAGGCUGCUCAGUACACCAACCCGGUCCGGGACCGAGAACUGGACCUCCGAGGUUAUAAAAUCCCGGUUCUGGAGAACCUGGGAGCCACUCUGGACCAGUUCGACACCAUCGACCUGUCAGACAACGAGGUCCGGAAACUGGACGGGUUCCCUCUGCUGAGGAGGCUGAAGACGGUUCUGAUGAACAACAACCGGAUCUGUCGGAUCGGGGAGAACCUGGAGCAGGCUCUGCCGGGUCUGAGGGAGCUGGUUCUGACCAACAACAACAUUCAGGACCUGGGAGACCUGGACCCCCUGGCCUCAGUGAAGACCCUGACCCUCCUCAGCUUGUUGAGGAACCCAGUGACCAACAAGAAGCACUACCGGCUCUACGUCAUCAACAAGCUGCCCCAGGUCCGGGUCCUGGACUUCCAGAAGGUCAAGCUGAAGGAGCGGCAGGAGGCAGAGAAGAUGUUCAAAGGGAAACGAGGAGCUCAGCUGGCCAAAGAUCUCUCCAGACGGAUGAAGACGUUCACUCCUGGAGUCCCAGCGCAGCAGGAGAAGAGGAGAACCGGACCGUCUCAGGCGGAGGUGGAGGCCAUCAAGAGCGCCAUCAGCAACGCCUCGUCACUGGCCGAGGUGGAGAGGCUGAAAGGAAUGCUGCAGGCGGGUCAGAUCCCGGGCCGAGACCUGAGACCAGGAGGUGGGAUGGAGGAGGAGGAGGAGGAGGAGGAGCAGGAGGAUGAAGCACACAUGGAGGAAGACUAUGGAGAGAUGAAUAAUGGGGACCGUGCAGAGGAAGAUGAAGAUAUGGAUGAAGAGCCUCAUGAGAACGGUUCCUGAACAGUUCCAGGGUUUUUGUUUUUGAUUUUAUUUUUUGCA